AUCCCGUUUUAUUUUCAUUCAAAAAAUGUCAAAUUUGGUGUGUAAAUUUUUUGUGUAACUUAUUUUUACGAUGAGACCGUGAAGGAAUCAACGACGUUUCGGAAAUGGCGUCCUUAUUUCAGCCGAGACCCUCCUACAUCUUACUAGCUGGAACUGGACUCUACGGAAUGUUCACCACCAAAGAGUUCCCGCUCGAUUAUCCCUUUUACUGUUUCGGUAUAAUCACGGCGAACAACUUGGUUUCCCUCAUCAGCGACUUACACGAGCCACACAAAGCAGCCGUGCCGGACUACUUAGAACCAGUGGCCGACAGAAAGCCGACCGACCUGGAAGUACUGGCGAGUGUGACGCAGGGACUGCAAAAACUGAUAACCUUGCCGCUAAUAACCACCAGCAUAUUGCUGAACUACAACUACGACACGAAGAUAAUCUACAUAAACCUAAUCGCUUGUCUUGUGCCAAUCUACGUCAGAUUCAGACAGAAGCGUACCCAUCGCAUCGAGACGACGCUCAUCCUCUUCAACGUGGGCUUGCUGAGCGAGAUAUCGAAGGAUUACGACAACGUCUACGGAUUUUUGGCGGCCCUGGUUUUCGCCGCCAAACAUUUCAUGUCGCACACGAAUCCGCUGUGGUGCGACUGCCAGUACUACACGGGCAUCCAAAACAUGUUCAUGUGCGCCUUCGUGGUUUUAUCUUUGAAGGCGCUAGCCAGUAAAUGAGGCGAAUUUAUAAAAUUUUAAUGUCCACCGUAACAUUGGAGACCAAAAAGUUGUUCGUUGUUCGAGGGAAUGUGCAAAGUGACUGUUCAAAUAUCAUAAAAUAAAUUAGUAAUAUGAUAAACA